AACAACAUUGGGGAGCGCGAGAGUCCGCCUACGCACGAGGGUAGCAAGUGGAAAGUGUUACGCUGCGACAAAAACGAAAGAAUCGGAGAUCGAUCGUCCAUCAAAUUGGGCUGAAUAGGAAGCUACACGUCUCUUUGCAUGAUGUCUGUCUGGAUGAAGUUUACCAGUAUUGAACAACAUGAUCAUCUUCGAUGGACUUAGACAUAAAAUUUAGAAUAUCGCGGUCAGCGCGUUGCCGGGCCUGAGAAGUAACGUCAGGACAACGACGACAACGGAGGAAGCAACUCAGUGGAGGAAGGCGUGAGAGGGGCUUCUCGAUCGACUUUAUAUCGAUGGAGCCGUCCUGAUGCAGACCGCGAAACUACGCGGGAAUCAUUCGGCCUGGUCGUCAGACUAAUUCUACCGGCGGGCCCUGGCUAUUUCACAGAGCAGCGAGCUGUCUCAUCCUCGUCGACGGCAACAGACCCAGCCACUUCCACUUCCUCCACCCCACGUGGCCGCACCAUCAUCUGAUAAGAGCUGGAGAAGCGGCCGCAGCCGCAGCCGCCUCGGAGCUCUGAGGAGCUGGAGGAUCUGCAUAAGCUGCUGCACUUCCCCGAGGAGGUGGCGCUCAGGUUGACGGAAAGCGAGUACCAUCUAUUCUACCAGGUACCACCGCACGAGUACCUGAGGCACGUGGCACAGGAUCAAACCACGUUGCAAAAACCACCUGCCAGGCCACCCCCGUCGCCGAGUCGCAGCUGCAGCAACCCCAGCACCACCAACAGCUCGACCCAAACUGAGGACGAAUUAUCCUGGCCUGUUGCCACGGUGUACUCCACCGUGCAGAUCCUCAUUGAUCGUUUCAAUGAGGUAAGCUCAUGGGCCACCCACGCGAUCAGCAGCUGUGCCACGGUAGAAGAACGACAGGCAGUGCUGUCCUGUCUUCUACGCGUCGCGCUAACCUGUUGGAAUACCGGAAACUUUAAUUCAGCUAUGGAGAUAAUUGCCGGUCUGAAAUCCAAUAAACUGAAGCCGAUUUGGCAAGAACGAGGCAUGAACGAGCGCUUCCCGGUCAUGGAGUAUCUCUCCUCUGCCCUUUUGUCUUCCGAAUAUGAACAUGCGCUUGCUCGCGCUCUCGCGAUGCCGGAAUGCCCAGUGGUACCAUUCUUCGGGGCUUUCCUGCGCGAGCUGCGGGAAGUUAUCGCGUGCGAUAUAAAGCCUCAGCCCGAGUUCAAGGAAAAUCGCGAGUCACCACGUGUUAGCAUUAAGGAGAGCGAACCUCAAGAACACGUGCCUUCCUCUGCGCCGGUCGCCAGGAUCGCCGUCGAGAGUAACACAGAGACGCCAUCGGGAUGGAGUUCAAGGAGCGGUUCCUUAAACAAACCGGAGAACCCCAUCGCACCAGUCCACGAUACAAAUUCCGUUCUCGACAAAGUCGCGCUCUUUCACAAGCAUCGACAUGCUCGUGGCAGAGACGCGACUACUGAUUCCCUUCAUCGCACCCUGAGCGUUCACACGACUGCAAUUGAGCAAACCUACAUGGCGGAGGAAUGCGACGAGAAUGACUAUCAUCUUGAUUUAGACUCCUACAAACCCGUGCAGCCGCUCAAGAUCGACCAUGGAGUCGCUUUGUUUCCCGUUGCCGCGCCACACACUGGCAUGGAUCUUCAUCUUCUGCAGGUGUUACAUCAUGGCACGACUUUGGUGCAUUGGGAUUGUGAGGGUGGUACCUCGAGAACAGCAUUGGUGUUCGCACGCGUCGAUCGCGCUUGUGGCACUUUCGUGUGGGAAAAGCCACCCUGGAGUCCUUUAAAAACGGCGCAAGUUGGAGGUGCCGUUCUCACAGAGGUUUCGCUAACCACGAACCCGGAGGAUGCGAUACCAGCGGGCCUAGUCGGCAGGUACACGCAGCAGCAGGCUGACUGCGCUUCUGUCACUUUGGAGGAGGGAUAUCUCGACCUGGGAUCGGUGAAAGAGAUAAUGAUCGGCUGUUGCGAUCGCGAUCGAGAGGCUGAUCUCAGGAGCAUCUGCAAGAGAUACGGCCUACCUGGCUCCGACUGCUGCAUCGGCCUUAUGUAUGGCUCCAAUCUUCCGGACAAUCGACUGAUCUUCCUACUUUGCCCUCCCGCUCUUAGCAAAAUAUGGUACAUGGGAUUAUGCUGGAUAUUGCGAGGCCUCAAACGACAACAACAGUUAACAGAUCGUAGAUCGCGCUGGUUAAAAGAAAAAUAUCUUCAGUUAUACUUUUCGUACUUGGAACAGCCGAUAGAAGGCUUGGAGCAGCCGACGACAGCCGACGCUAUUCGCAUUUUUGGCGGUCGCGACUGGUCUAUGACAGAAAGUGUUGGCACGCUGUCUCCAACGAGCAGCAGCACUUUACGCAGACGAAAUGUUAAAGGCAAAAAGACAAAAUCAAUCGGCAACAUUCAUGCUUUGACCAAGGAUCUGAGUAUAAAACAGUACGACUCCUCGACCUCGGAUGGAGGUCUGUGCGUUACACCUCUUCGUCAUAUCGCUGGAAGCAGAGAGUCUUUAACGAGGAUCCUACCAGCGUCACCGAGAGCAAGCCGAGAUCGAAUCCCGCCACGUAGUCCACCCGGUUCCGCCGACCGUAUUACUUCCAACUUGCCUUACUCCGCUUUUCAAAGUUUGUUAUGUGUCGCCAGAGAAAAGGACAAGAACGGAUCUGGUGGUAUAUCAGGAGGCUUUGAGGCUCCUUGGCACAUGAAAGGAACGCGCACUACCUCGAUGAUGUACGAGACACAAUUAAACUUUGUGGAGUUCGUCGCACUUUUCCGAUCGUUCAGCUUACGAGCCAGAAAAGAUUUGCGUGAUCUGUUCGGCCAAUUAGCAAUAACAUGUCGUAGCCAGAGUGAUGGAUCGUUAAGGGACUUUAACAUCCGCCCGGUAGUGCUCAGACAAACCAGUGAUGCCACUCCACAAAGAAUCGGUUUGUUGACGAGAAACAACUCUAUUGACUGUCACGAAUACAAGACGGGCAGCAACCUACAAAAAAAGCAAAUCUUUGAUGCUGUUGCGGCGGCUAGUAUAAUCAAUAAUUGCUCGGGCGUGGAUACGUCGAAAUCCCAAGUAAUUACUCUAGCAACAUUUACGAAAUUUCUGGAAUCUCGGCAGCAGGAAAAGUUGAGUGACGACGAAAUCAAGACACUGAUCAAGAGGCACGAACCGGAUCCAGUACUUCGCACACAGUGGUGUUUGUCUUUUGAGGGUUUUGCACGGUAUAUGAUGGACAAGGACAAUUAUGCCUUCCCGAACGAGUAUGCAACACCGUCCGAAACCGAAAUGCAGCAGCCUCUGUCGCAAUAUUACAUUGCAAGUUCCCACAACACAUAUUUAACCGGACAUCAACUCAAAGGAGAGUCCUCCGUACAGUUAUAUUCGCAGGUACUUUUAACCGGAUGUCGCUGUGUAGAGCUCGAUUGUUGGGACGGUGACGAUGGAUCACCAUUGAUUUAUCAUGGUCACACUUUCACUACAAAAAUACCAUUUCGCUCGGUUGUAGAAGCGAUAGAUCGAAGCGCCUUUGUCAGUUCCCCUUAUCCCGUAAUCCUUUCCAUCGAAAAUCACUGUUCGCCAAGUCAGCAAGCUCGUAUGGCUCAAAUAUUUCAGUCUGUUUUUGGCGAGAAAUUGGUGACGAAAUUUCUCUUCGAGUCCGACUUCAGUGACGAUCCUCAACUGCCUUCGCCUUCGCAACUUCGUUACCGAAUUUUGAUAAAAAAUAAGAAGCUGGUGAUUGAUCCUGCCGGCCCCUUAUCGCACACACCCCUUAGUCAUCGAGGAAAAAUGCUUAUGACGGAUCGCGCAUCUUCCAUGAAGCAAAUGCGGACUGAUGUAAGCAGCACAUCAGUUGUGGAAUACUUUAGUGAGGAUGAAGACGACGAAGAGGAUGACGAUGAGGAUGACAACAUCGAUGAUAAUUCGAUUUCGAGCUACGAGAGAUAUCUGGGUGGCGGCCAAGUGCCGCACGGUCGUUUAAAAUCGGAUCCAGGGAUGGACGACAAGACGCAAAAGCAAAGUAGCCAGAUAGCCAAGGAAUUGUCGGAUUUGGUAAUUUAUCUGCAGGCGAUUAAAUUUCGCGGACUAAAUACCAUGCCAGUCGGAUCAGGAAAAAUACGUCAUCAAUCGCAUACAGGACCAGUUCAGAGGCAUAGCAUCGCCGGUAUAGGACCUAGCAGUAUAGCUUCCUCAUCAGGAUCGCCGCAAUCACUUUCGACGUCUGCCUCGAUCGCGAGCGGCGGUAGCAACAUCGAUAAUAUCUUCAGAUCCACUCGUGGAAUGCCGGCUUGUUUCCAAUGUUCAUCUUUAAACGAAAGCUCAGCGAAAAAAAUCUGUAGGAAACAACCGUUAGGCGUAGUCGCCACAAAUUUCAACCCUGUAAUAUUUUGGGCUUUUGGAAUCCAAAUGGUUGCGUUGAAUUAUCAAACUGAUGACGCGGGAUUAAAUUUGAACUCAGCCAUGUUUGAGCAAAGCGGUCAAUGCGGAUAUGUUAGAAAACCUUCAGUGAUGUGGGAUAAAGGACAUAUGAUGUACAGACGAUUCAACCCUUGGGACAAAGAAUUCGACGGGCUGCAUUCUGCACAUUUAAGUCUAUCAAUAGUCUCAGGACAAUACGUUUCGGUUACAAACUUCGUCACCAGCACAUAUGUUGAGGUCGAGUUGGUCGGUAUACCGAUCGAUUGCGCGAAACACAAAACAAAGGUGAUCCAUAACAAUGCCUUGAAUCCCAUCUGGAAUGAAAAAUUCUGCUUCCAAGUGAUGUUCAAAGAUCUCGCCUUCCUACGUUUCGGUGUUAUCGAAGCAAGCUCUCAUCACGUGAUCGCGCAACGCGUAAUACCGCUUAAAUGUCUACGACCUGGCUAUCGACACGUACGAUUACGAUCUUGUAAAAACAAGCCAUUAGCCCUUUCUACGCUUUUUAUCUAUUCCCGCUUGGAGGAGGAGAGUUUGGACUAUAACACCUGCUGCCGCGAUCAUAAAGAGUCAUCUAAGCGUCUCUCGUCGAGCAAAGAACCUGAGAAACUGAGCACCGUUGAUCCCGGAUCCCUGGGUGGUGUCACCUUGAAGAGACGAAUGUUCUUCCUGAUGGUUUAUCACGUGAUACCAGACGAACCGUACACCAUCCUGAAAGUGACCCAGGAGAGUACUACGCAAGAGGUGAUGCUGCAGGCGUUACAGAAAGCAGGAAUAUCGCCGGAUCAUGUAGAUGAGUACAUUUUGGUAGAGGAAGUGUCUCGCGGAUGGGAGAAAAGAGACAAGGAAGAGUUACCAACUCAACGUGUGCUGGACCCUACAGAACAUCCCCUUCAAGCACAGGCCCUGUGGAAAGGGCAAGGCCGCUUCCUGUUGAAGCGAGUAGGCGACGAUCCAAGCAGUAGAGCGUGGCUCGCCUCUAUCAGGAGCACGGCCGGCCACUCGAAGCUCAACGAUUCCAACACGAGGGACCAAUCCACUCACAUAUGGGACGAGGCAGACACCUUUCUAGUCUGCAUUUAUAACGUCUCGCCGGAGAUCCCUUAUGCGAUUCUACGUGUGCCGAUAAGCAGCUCAGCUCAGGACGUGUUAGCGCAAGCUCUGAUAAAGGCCAGAAGAAUGGAGAACCCAACCAAGUUUGCUCUGGUCGAGGAGCUGGAAUGGGGUGGUGCGGGCGCUGUCGGAAGUGGAAAUCGUCAGUUAAGAGUAUUGAGUGACGAUGAAAAUGUUUAUACCACUCAAGCCUUUUGGAAAACUCUCGGCAGGUUUAUCCUUAGAGAAAGAGAACAAGCCAUUCCGAGACGGAACUUGUUGCCAGCGACCCUCGAUAGACUCAGUAAGGGAUUUUCCGUAGGCAGAUCGGUGUCCCUGCCAGGAUCCAGCAAAGAAAAGGUGCCUGUUUCGGAAGCACUGUCGGACCCCACUUCUAGAGGCCUGAGACAUCGGUUAAUGAUGUCGGGACGUAGACGAGAAGUUCAUUCUGAUGGAGAAGAUACGCGUGAAUCUGACAUACUGAAUGUUGCUUUUCAACUGAAGAAGGUCUCGUUCAGAAAAUUGAUGAGCUGGAAAUCAUAGUGGCAGUCAAGGGCGUCGUCGAUAUCAUCGAUCUUCGCCGCUCGGAGAAGUCACCCGUAAGCUCGUAGUCUAAUUACUAUGAUCAGAAACUAGUUCUGGUCUUGCGAAACAUUUUUCAUGCCGAUGAUCCUGUCGAGGUGCGAUCUCAAACUAAAAGAAGAGCUUCAGAAAGCUGAAAGAUUUCACUUUAUCAAGAAUUUAUGUAAUACAAGCGUCACGUGGACGAUCGAAACAAGUUAGAAUCUGUAAGUCGUUAAGCCGAAUGAUAGAACAAGUGGUACGAUCAGAAUACUUAAUAUCUAUCGCGAUAUAUAAAGAAAUAUCAAACAACGUGUUUCCAUCACUAAUUAUGUGAUAAUAUGCAAAAAAAUUUUCUCCAAUAGGAAAAGAAAAAAAAAUCAUUUCUUCGAGAAAGAGCAGAAUAACUUUUUGGGAAAUUUUAAUGUCUGGAAAACAACGCGACAUUGUUAAAUUCGAUUACCUCCACGAUAUUUGAGCGAAAUAUUGAAUAAUGAAAUCGCCAUCGCAGAAAAUAACUUCGGCAAAUCGAACUUUUCAAAUAGAAUCGAACGAUACCGACAUGAAGAUUAUUACGCCGCCAUUUUCAAAGAUUUUUCAAGAGUUUUAAAAAAGAUAUAGCAUAUAUCUAAACUUACGACGUAGUACAAUCAUUAAGUGGCAAAGCGACGAUUCUUAAAUCCCUUAAAUUCGCAUGAAAGCCAAGCAUCAUAUUGGAUUUUGUUAUGUAGCAGUAAAUUUGUAUCAGACGCGGAUUGAUGCUGCAGCUUCCGCGUUCGAUAGAGACGCGCUGGCGCGUCAAAACAAAAAAUUAAAUAUCACGCGUCACGCCUGAUUUUAUUAUUUUUGUACAACGAAAGAAGGAGGGAGAUCGCACCGGGCGAUCUCUAAACAUUUUUGCCAAACGACGAUUCUAAGUGAUUUCUAGAUCCGUGACAUAUUCGUAAUGUUUAGACAUAUUGGAAGUGCUUCCUUGUUCGAACGUGUUUCCGUUUGAAAUAUAUCGGAUUCGCCUUCGUCUAAUCGAUAUAUCGCAUCUCCAAAGAAAUUACGUAGCUUCAUGUGACUUCUCGUCAUAAGCAUCAUUUUUAUCAUUUACGUCGUACCUGAGGUUUUCCAUUGAUACGAGAGUUACGCUAUCGCGUAAAAGCUCUAUAAUAAAGUUAUAUAUCGCUGUUAUCGCACUUUAUUUGUUCGCUCUAUUAAUGUUAAUAAUUUCUUUCUGCGUCUAGUCAACCAUGUGAUAAGGAAUUUGAGUGUAGAAUCCGAUGAGAAUAUCAUAAUGUAUAUUGGGAGUUGCUACUUAAAGAACGUAUUUACUAUACAUAUAUUGUUAACGCUAGAGGGUAGAUCGGUGUUGCAUUCUCGAUUACCGUCCCUCUCUCCUGACUGUUUUAGCGAGCGUAUGUAUACGUAGACUAUAAAUACGAGACCAAGGAGUGUCGAUGGAAACCGCGUCCGAAUGUGCUAUUGCUCUAUUCGAUUAUUUUUUCACGUGACAAGGCAUUCGCGCGUCGACGAUCUUCGUCGCACACUCGAAGCCGGUAGCCUAAUUUUAUGGAAAAUAAUUUCGCUAAUAACGUUAAUUAAUUAACUAAUGAGAAACAAUAUGGAAUCUGACGUCGCAAACCAGUGAGGUCGCGAGAUAGCCUUGCCCCGUCUUCCACGUCCGAAUCGUCCCAAAUAUUUUAUAUUUUUUCGAGACGGCUCCGCAGACUGACUUUUUAGGCGAAUCUGUACAGCUGUACGACACGAAAACACCAGGAUUUUUUAAUACUAUGAGAAAAAUAUAGAAAUAUAUACACUAGUCAUAUCUUUCUCCGAGAAAUGCUUCGCGACGUCACUGGGGACUCUGUAUAUUUUUGGAUACCACUUCCUUCCUUAUCCUUCAUAUCUUUCCGAAAAUAUGUAAUCAUAUCACGUAUCCACAUAAAAGACCAAAUGUUGCGAAACAGAUAAACAGAAAAAACGAGAAAUAAACACACUGGGCAAUUUUAUUUGUACACAUAUCUUUGAUUAUGAAUAAGUAAAACAAGUAAAAUAAAAAGAACAUUAUUUGAUAGAUAAAAGAAAUAUCAUUUGAUAGAAGAGAA